AAGAAUUAAGAACAUAAUUAACUUAAAAGGUGGUUGUGGUCCACACUAGUUCCACCUUCCUUGUCUACCUUUUUGCCCCCUAUAAACCCCCCUACACUCCUCUUCUUCCACUCCCAUUUCUUCCCAAAGAGGAGGUUCAAAAAGGCUAUUUUCUUCUUCCUCUUCAUUGUUGUCAUUGUCACAAUGGAGGCCAGGAUGAGGAGAACAACAGUUGAGAAGAUGAGGAAGGAUAGCACAGUUGAUGAGGUAGAAGAGGAGUUAGAAGAGGAAGAUGAGAGUGGUGUUGGUGAUGGUGUCCUUGCAGAAGAAGAGAAGAAGAAAAGUGCUGUUGGAAGUGGGAGAAGAGGAUCAAAUGGGGCAGGAGGAGUUUCUCCACCCUCCUGCCAGGCUGAGAGGUGUGGCGCCGACUUGACCGAGGCAAAAAGGUACCACCGCCGCCAUAAGGUGUGUGAGUUUCAUUCCAAGGCACCUGUGGUGGUGGUUGCAGGGAUGAGGCAGAGGUUUUGCCAGCAAUGUAGCAGGUUCCAUGACCUGGCAGAAUUUGAUGAAGCCAAAAGAAGCUGCCGCAGGCGCUUGGCCGGACACAAUGAGAGACGCCGGAAGAGCAACAUAGAGCCUUGCAACGAGGGAAGCGGCCGAGGCGGCAAAGGGCAACCCCCUAAGGAAAGCCACUGCAGAAACGCCGACGAUCGGGGAAGAACUCAGAUGAACAUUUCAGGGAGCUCUGGCUACAAGUCCUUCCAUAUGUUUCCAACUUUUGGGUAG